AUGUCCAAGAAAUUACUCGCUGGUUUAGUUGUUGUCGGAGGCGGUGUCUGGUACUACGACCAGAACAUCCACCCUAUUUUCUCCAACGACGAGAAGUUGCAGCACCAGGUUGCCAACGCCAAGCAGCAGGCCCAGCCUUCUGACGAAACCACCAAGGAGCUUCGUAAGCUAGACAACAAGGCCCGUGACUUUGGCUCUCAAUUGAAGACCACUGCCAACAAGUCCACUGAAGAGAUCCGUAGCAAGACUGACUCCACUCUUGAGAACGUCAAGGACUCGGAUCUUUACAAGAAGUGGUCUAAGAAGUUGGACUCUUACGGUGACGAUGUUAAGCUUGCUGCUGAGGAGAUUGAGAACAAGCCUGCCGGUCACCGUUUGGCUGCAAAGUACAUUGAGUUUGUCAAUGGCUUGGGCCAGACCGACGAAGAGAAGUUGAAGGAAUUGGCUUCCUCAAACCCUCGUAGACAGAGAGAGAUCAGAGCCGAAUUGGAGAGAUCUCAGCAAUCUUGGGGUGACUGGUUCUCUGGCAAGAAGGACAAGCUUGACGACAAGGCCGAACAAGCCAAGAGAGACGCCGAGCAGAAGAAGGACUCUUGGUUCAACUGGGGCCAGGACAAGAAGGAUGAGCUUGACCUGAAGGCUCAGGAUGCCAAAAAAGAUCUCCAGAAGGAGAAAGAUGGCUGGUUGAACUGGGGCCAGGACAAGAAGGAUGAGCUCGACAAGAAGGCUCAACAAGCUAAGAAGGAUGCUGAGAAGGAGAAAGAUGGCUGGUUGAACUGGGGCCAAGACAAGAAGGAGGAACUUGACAAAAAGGCUCAACAAGCUAAGAAGGACGCUGAGAACAAGAAAGAUGGCUGGUUGAACUGGGGCCAAGACAAGAAGGAGGAGCUCGACGACAAGGCUCAGCAGGCUAAGAAGGAUGCCGAGCAGAAGAAGGACUCUUGGUUGAACUGGGGUUCUGACAAGAAGGACCAGUUGGCCAAGGACGCUGAGAACGCUAAAAAGGAUGCCAACCUGACCUGGAACCAGCAGAGCAAGGAAUUGUCUGACAGUCUCGAAGCCGGCAAGCAGAGAGCUUUGGACGAAUACUACCGUGCUAAGAAGCAAGUCGAGGACUUGACUAAGCAGGCCAGCGAGAAGACCGCCAGUGUCCUCGGUAACGGCAACAACAAGGCUCAGGAGGUGAACCCUGACGACCGCUACUUGACCAAGGCCAAGGAGGACCUCCAGAACGCCUUCACCAACUUGAGCAAGUACGGUGGUGACUUGGUUGACCAAGCCGACAGAGCCAUCCGUGGCAACAACAAAUAA